AUGGGAGUGGGAUGGAUCAUAAGAGAUGCUGGAGGACAGUAUAUGGAAUCAGGAUGGUCUAGAUUACCGCAGGUUAGUUCAUCAUUACAAGCAGAAGCGAUGGGAUUCCUCUAUGUCACACAACGGAUUUGGAGUAGAGGGCUGAGGAAUGUAUGGUUUGAAAAUGACAGUCUGGAACUUGUCAAUGUGAUCAAUAGGAAUUUCUCGCUAGCGCGCAGAACGAAGCUUCGGAAGUUUGGCCGCGCGCGGAGGAGUUCCCGACGUCCAAAAGUUACGAUCUUGAUAUGGAAAGAUAGAUACUUGAGUCAUGCAUCACGUCGAAGUGGAAUGAAGCCAUUUGGAUCAACUAUGAGGCCUAGACUUAUUUUCUACCGAGACAUGUCCGGUAAGCGAGUAAACGAAGCCCAUGGAGGAUUUGGAGUGUCUAAUGGCCCGAGCAGCAGCGCCAAAGGCCUUGAUCGAAUAGAGAAGAGGCCUGGCUAA